UCUUUCCCGGAGUUUCCAAAAGGCUCUACUCCGUGUUUCAGCUAUUGUUAAUCUGGUGGGCAUGGACCGCUUCUCAGUCCUUAAAGUGAUUGGGGAAGGAUCUUUUGGACGCGCUCUACUGGUCCAACCGAAGAAUAGUGACCAAAAAUGUGUUUUAAAAGAAAUACGCCUUCCAAAGGCACGUGUUGCAAUGGAGAACACGCGAAGAGAGGCGGUGCUCUUGUCCAAAAUGAAUCAUCCAAAUAUAGUUGCAUUCAGAGACUCAUUUCAAGCUGAUGGCCAUCUGUACAUUGUCAUGGAGUUCUGUAGUGGGGGAGAUCUGCUCCAGAGGAUCCGACAGCAGAGGGACACUCAUUUCCCUGAGGACAUUAUCCUGAAAUGGUUUGCACAGAUGUGCCUUGGUACAAGACACAUCCAUGAUAAGAAAGUGUUGCACAGGGACUUGAAAUCUAAGAACGUUUUCCUGACAGACGAUGGGACUGUGAAGUUAGGAGAUUUUGGGUCAGCGUGUACUCUCAACAGCUCGAAGGCGUACGCUCAGACUUAUGUCGGAACUCCCUACUAUGUUUCACCUGAGAUUUGGGACAAUAAACCUUACAACAACAAGAGUGAUGUUUGGUCUCUAGGCUGUGUCCUGUAUGAACUGUGCGCUCUGCGACAUCCGUUCCAGGCUCGUAGCUGGAAAAGCCUUAUCCUAAAAGUGUGUCGUGGAUCCUACGCUCCUUUACCCCGUCAUCAGCCAUAUGAGCUACAUUAUCUAAUCAAGAGCAUGUUCAAGACCAACCCCAAAGAUCGGCCCUCUGUGCACACCAUUCUCACCUCCCACCGCGUCUCCAGACUGCUCCACACACACCUUCCCCCACAGAGCGAGGAGCUGGUCAAGGAACGGCCGUGUCGCUGGAGGAAAGAGGAGGGGCCACAUGUGGCUACGAUGUUGGGACAGAGGAACUUACUGGCCUCCUCUACAACAGGAAGCGCGUUAAUAAGCCCACCUGAGGAAGGGCGUAGACAGGGUGAUGUGGGUCCUCGUAAGAGAUGGGCUGACGGACCCCCGGACACGGUGCUGCAUGCCCUGGGAAAUGCCGAUAUCCUUUCCUGCAGUAGUGUGGCCUCUACAGGUGGAUCCCACCCUCAUUCAGAGGACAUUGGUUUGGAGUCAGAGGUGAGGAGAGAGAGGAGAGGCUGGGAGAAGGAGCCCCCACAGAGACUCCUUAGCCUGCUGGAGAAAGCCCCACUCAGCACAGCGUUCCAAACCUACACCAUACAUAGGGAAGGUUUGGAUCCAUUAGCAGGGCCUCUACGUCCAGAGCAGGGAGAUGACGUUGAUGGCCCAGAAGAGGUCACCGUUGACCAGAGUAGACUGGAGCCACGGUCUGAUGAUGAGGACACAGACUUUGAGGAAGAAUGUCCUUGUGACUGGAUAGAUGGACUUGAAAAACUUGUGGAGGAACACAACGAUAAUUCUUAAUGGAACUUUUUAUAAGGACAGUAACACAGUGUUGCUCUGUCUUAUCAGUCUGUUUAUACUAUUUGUGUAAUUUGGAGUAAUAACUUUCUACUGAGUCUGUUUUGAUGUA